CCCUGAUCUUUCGGUCCAGUCGCUCCCCAAAUCACGCUGUUCCCGGAAUCACGUCAUCUGUCGAUUCUCUCAUCUCACGGCGUUGGUAGCCCCUUCAGGCGGGUUGUCCGGGUAGUGGUUCACUGCUUAACAACUUAGGUGGUUGGAAACUUGGAUAUGAUUUAAUUUUAAGUUGGUAUUUAGAAGAUGACUUCAGCAAGCAAAACCAGAAAUAUGAUCGAGGGUUUUGUGAAAGAUGGAUCGUUUAAGUGGUUGUUGAAAAACCGAAGUCCAUUUCAUGAAGAGUUUGAAGAGAUGAAACUGUCUCCAUCUGCUGACAGAAACUGGAUACAUGAACUGUCCCCCGUGGCAAAUAUAGUUGUUCGUCGAUGUUCAAAAAUCCUGGAGAUUCCAACGGGUCAGCUUCAAGAAAACUUUAAUGGGGAGGCUCCUGAUGCUAUAAAAGAUCCAUCACGGUAUGCCCGGAAUUUUCUGGAAUAUUCUUGUUUCAGGGCUCUUUCUGUAUCCACACAAAUGAACGGUUACAUGGAGGACAAGAAGUUUCGACGUCUAACGUUUGAUAUGAUGCUUGCGUGGGAGCUUCCUGAUGCUGCUAGCCACCCUUCCAUGGAUAUAGAUGAGGAUGCAAGUGUGGGGAUAGAGGCCUUUUCCCGAAUUGCACCAGCAGUUCCGAUUAUAGCCAAUGUGAUCAUCAGCGAUUAUAUAUUUGAGUUUCUGACUGCAUCAACUGGAGGCCGGCUUCUGUUUUCUACCUUUGACAAAUACCUCAGUGGACUGGAAAGGGCUGUGAGAAAACUUAAAUCUCAAUCAGAGUCAUCUCUCCUUUCAUCCCAACGAUCUGGAAGAGGGGAAAGGGUUCUGGAACUGGAUGGCACGGUAACCACUCAGCCUGUUCUUCAACAUGUCGGGAUCUCAACUUGGCCUGGUCGGCUAACUCUGACAGAUCAUGCAAUGUACUUUGAAGCUCUACGUGUUGUAUCUUAUGAUAAGCCAACAGUUUAUGAUUUGGCUGAUGAUUUAAAGCAAUUUGUUAAGCCUGAGCUCACCGGUCCAUGGGGAACCCGCCUUUUUGACAAAGCCUUCUUGUAUAAAUCCGUUUCCUUAUCAGAAGCAAUUGUUAUGGAGCUUCCGGAGCUCAAGGGACACACUCGGCGUGACUACUGGCUGGCUAUUAUCCGUGAAAUUCUAUACGCCCACAGAUUUAUACGUAAAUUCCAGAUAACUGGAAUCGAAAAAGACGAAACCCUUCUAAAAACGGUUUUCGGAAUCCUACGAGUUCAAGCCCUAAAAGACAUGAGCUCCUCCUCAAUCCCAUUGUCCUUCGAGGCCGGUCUUAUGUUCAAUGUCUGUGAUCAACUUCCAGGUGGCGAUCGGAUACUGGAAACAAUUGCUGACAUGUCAAUUUGUCGAGAUGAUGUAAAGAGCAGCGAAAAGGGAAUGUAUUCUAUAUCGGCUAGCACUAUGGCUUCUAGCUUAGGGUUUGUGUUUGGGACGAGUUGCAAUGUUGUUAAUGAGGCCGGGGGGAUUACGGUUGGUGAUGUUUGUGUUGGGGAGUUAACUCCGUUAGAGAAAGCGGUGAAAGAAUCCAGAAGCACUUAUAAAAUGGUUGCAAAUGCACAAGCUACAGUUGAUGGAGUUAAAGUUGAGGGGCUUGACACUAACUUGGCUGUCAUGAAGGAGUUGCUGUUUCCAGUUACUGAACUUGGGAAUCAUCUUGUGAAGCUAUAUUACUGGGAAGAUCCUGUGAAGUCUCUUCAGUUCUGUUUGGUAUUAACAUACGUCCUUUACAGGGGAUGGUUUUGUUAUGUUUUCGCGAUGCUGCUUUUGUUAGUUGCACUGUUUAUUAUGAUUACACGGUAUUCAAGCCGAGGGCGGCCGGUGGAUGAAUUCAAGGUGAUAGCACCGCCGCCUAUGAACACAAUGGAGCAGCUUUUGGCGGUCCAAAAUGCAAUUUCUCAGGCUGAGGAGUUAAUCCAAGACGGAAACGUUCUUCUUCUUAAACUACGCGGUCUAUUGCUCUCCAUAUUCCCACAGGCAAGUGAUCGAUUUGCAAUUGCACUUGUGAUGAUGGCGAUUGUUUUGGCUUUUGUACCGAUGCAAUUUGUGAUUCUACUUGUUGUGUUGGAGGAAUUCACAAAGUACUCCCCUCUCAGGAGUUCAAGCACCGAACGGUUGGAACGCAGAUUCAGGGAGUGGUGGUUUAGCAUUCCAGCAGCUCCGGUUGUACUUGAAAAACUUAAAGAGGACAAGAAAAAAAAGUAAAGGCAACUCCCUAACUCUGUCUGUAUGUAGAUGUAAAUACAACUGUGCCGGAAAUUACAUACAUAUAUACCCUCCCUUUAUAGAGAAAUGACAUAAGUAGUCCCUCUUCUUAAUCUUACUGUAUAUGUAGUUUUACUUUGGUUUGUUAUUCCACUUUUCUUCAACAA